UUUCUGAGGCGGACGGCGGGCAGCGGGUCUCCGGCGCUCGACGUCACCCCGCUCGGCAGCGCCGGCGUUUUGUGUGAGGGGCAGUUCUCGGUGUCAAACGUCGGGGAUAUCGGGCCGGGCGGGAUGAGCGGGCGGCGCGGAGCGGGGGUCGGGGGCGGCCUGCAGCCGGUGCCGGGGGGAUGAGGUAAUCGGGCGCCCGCUUGGCACCGCCUGAGGGCAGCCCGCUGCCCAGGCUUCGCUUCGCUCCCAGGCCCUAUUGUUUCGCUGCCUCCCCGCCCGGGCUUCCAGGGACCUUGUUGAUUUUUUGCGGGGCCCGGGAGUGGAUCCCGCUGCCGGCCCGAGGAUGUUCGGCAACAGCCGGCGUGCAGGCCGCCUGCCCUCGCUGCUGCUGCUCGGCCUGCUGGUGCUGGCGGCCGUCGUGGCCUUCAACUACUGGAUGGUGUCGACGCGGAACGGCAGGCUGCAGCUCGAACUGGCCGAAGCUCCAGCACAGGUGAAGAAAACAGAUACUGCUAAAAGUCGUCUUGAGAAAAGGAACUCUGAGCUCAUGGGGCAAGUGGAUACCCACAGGAGGCGGCUGGAUGAAAAAGAGGAUGAAUGCCAUAAUCUGGGUAACCAGCUGCAAAACAAGGAGAAUUUGAUGAAGAAGUGCAUCGAGGAGAAGGUUAAAUUUCAAAAUAAUGUAACAGAGCAGCUGUCUUUCAUCCAUCGGUUACAAGAGCAACUCACUGAGUUACGACAAGAGUUCAUUAAGCAGGAUGAACAGCUUCAGGAGUACAGGAGGAACUCCACGUCCUUGGAGAAGAAAUUAGAGUAUGAGAGCCUGCAAUGUGGUCAGCAGAUCAGUGCACUUAAGGAGCAAUGUGAGGAGAAAAUCAAAACUUUAGAGAGAGUGCACGACCAAUCUCCAAAACGGGAAGAAGAUCCCAAACAAAACCAACCUAGAGAAGAGAAAGAGGAAGCACCUAAAGCUCGGGAAUCUGACUGGGAUUACAGCAAAUCCAAAGGAAAUCUUGAGAACGUGCAACAGGUUGCUAAGAACAAUAAACCCAUCAUUAAUCUUGAUGGAAGCAAACUGCAAUCUCAUCAAGACAGCGAUAUUAAAUUACUAAAUCUGGGCAAAGCAGAUGAUGAUGCUGGUAUGCCUGGGGUAGAAGAAAAUGAGCAGGGAAAAUCCGUGGAUGUGUUAAUUGAUCACAAAAGCAGAAUGAAUUUUGAAAAGGUUGAGAAACCAGCAUCUAAGAAUGUGGGAAUUCCUGGAGACAAACUGAUUAUGGAGAAUGAAGUAAAGCUUGACCAUCGUUUUGACAGGGGUCCGGCUAUGCAAGCUCCACCCAAGCCUGGUCUGCAACAUGAUAACCAACAAAACUUUGCAAAAGCAGAUAAACAGGUCAAUAUGAACAUGCCAAAUGCAGGAGACCACAAGGGCCCAGCCAACAUGGAAGAUGAGGACAGCCAUGUCAAAGCAGAUGAAAUUGGAGAGUCUCAGAAUCAGCAGCCAGCUCUGGAUAAACAGCAUCAAGGAAAACUAAUGCAUCAUUUAACCAAGGAGUCUGUCAUGCAGCCACCGUCUAAUCAAGCUCAGCAUUUUGCUCCUGGCCAAGCUUUGUCAAAUCAUUUUUAUCGUCAGGGUGCGAAAGGACACGAGAAAGGAAGCGAACUGAGAGAGCAUGCUAAAGGUCAACGAGGCCAGUUCUUUGAUGAAAAUGAAUCCCCAGCUGAUCCGCAGCAUGACUCUAAAGUGGCGGAUUAUAAUGGGGAUGAUGGUAAUGUGGGUGAGUACGAGGCAGACAAGCAGGCCGAAUUGGCUUACAAUGAGGAAGAGGAUGGUGAUGGUGGGGAAGAAGACGUCCAAGACGAGGAGGAACAAGACCUUCCAGAGGCUGUGAACAAUCCUGCUGUAUAUGAAAACCGGCGCUUUGCAGAAAAUGGUUUGUAACUAUUUGAUACAAGACUGAGCCUGGGUUUUUAUGGGCUCUGGAAGGAAUCCUGAUUAUAACACAAUGCAAUAAUGCAAGAUCAUUGUAUGGUGUGCCCUGGCCUUUUUACAAGUGCAUUACUUGAUAAAACUUGAACUUCUUGUAUUGAUGUUGGGUGAAAUAGAAGGAAGAGAUGCAGACUAAUAUUUCUUAAAGUUUAAAUGCAACUUGUUUAGAUUGAUUUUAUUAUUUCAAACAUUUUGGGGAAAGGUGGGGAUGUUUCGUUUACCUCUGUACAUUAUUUUGUAUAUUUUGUACUUUUGAAGAUUUUAUGAACAAAGUUUAGUUAUUUUGAGUGGUUGAGUUCUCUAAAUCAAUACAGAAAUAAAAUUGGCAACUUAUCCAAAUCAUCAGUUAUCUGCUGUUUUCAGGUUAAUCAAAGUAACAUCUGAGAAGUGAUCUUUCAAAUUUAUAAUAUUUAAACAAAAACUGCAGCUAAAUAACUGAAUCAUUUUGCCUUGUACAGCCAAUUAUAAGAUUUUGUUUAGCAUUGUGCUGUGAAAACAGUGAAUAUUGUCUUGGUUCUUUGGAAGAAGUGACAAGGAUCUAUUCUGGUGAUUUGAAUGCAUUCUGACUUUUUAAUAAACAAGGUGAAUGUAUAGGUAAAUGUAGUAAUUUACAAUGGAGCAAAUGAAAUUAAUCUGAACUGUCUUCAACAGUAGUAUAGUUUGGGUAUUGAUUUUUGUGUGCAUUCCUUUUGUUGCUUCCAACAAUUUGUGUAUUGCAAUGUAAAUACAUUCCAGGGAGAAUAAUGAAACCUGGACAGUGCUACCUGCAGAUAGGUUAUAGUGCAGGCUGUUUGCUGAAUCUGGGGGAGUUGCAAUGCAGUGGAACUCUAAAGCAGAUAAAGAACCAUCCAACAUCUUGAAAACUGUGGUACAGAAUGACGUGUGUCGGUUGGUAUUGUUGCUUGAUGGGUAGAGAACUACUAUGAGCAUUUUUUUAAAUGGAUUAAAUAUUGGGCAUCUCCUGUCCAGUGAAAACUAACUGUCAUGUCUGUAACACUAAAUAAAAUGCAAACCAAACACUACUUGGUGUUUUGGGUAUGGUCUUCGUUCUUCCUAGAUAUAGCCACUCUUGUGGAAACGAACACUGCAACAUUGGUUAUCUUCUAUAUGUAGCAAUGGGGCAGUAAAAUAUUGCACCGGCUCUUUUUCAAAUUGUGUGUAGUUUUUAUACAUGGUUUAAAAAUGUAUAACCCUCUAACCUACUGUUGAAACAUGAGUCAGAAAAGACUAGAAGUGUAAUUCUGCAAUGCUGAAAUCUUGUUUAGAGUUAGAAUGUUCAUUAUUAGGUAAUGAAGUUGAUUACAAAGUUUAUACUUGGGGGGAUGAUAGGAGGAAAAAUUUGGAUUUUGGAGAAAUAUUGCAUCUUUUAGCAUAAUUUAUUUUAAAAUCUCAUUUCUGACUUUAUGAACCUUCUAACUUCAAAUGAGGUGAGGUAGUCUUCAACAAAUAAAUUCAGUGAAAUGUGGGAUCCCUCAAAUAUUGAGUGGAUAUUGGAACACGAUGCGUUGUAAAUAAAUGAUUAACAAAAAGCAGAAGUAAAUUUUACAGCUCAUUUUUGAUAGAACUUCUGACCAAUCAGUUGCUUCAUUUCAUAAGUCACAAUUAGGUUACAUAAUUUCAAACUUGAUUCCAGAUAUUGAAUCUGUAAUUAUCAAAUUUAGUCAUGCAAUCAAGAAUCAGCAUGGUUCGGUUUCUGUGCACAGCUUUUUUAAGAGCAGGCUGGGGUUGAUUCCUUUUCCAGAUUAAAUAAUUGUAUUGGGUUUUGUGCUUCUGAAAUGUUACACUGUGUUGUGAAGCUGUAAAAUGCUGCAUGGUUCCAUGGUUUCUGUUCCUCUGAUUUGUUUACAAAACUUUGAAUAAACAGUUUCUUUGAGUUGAUGUGGAAAA